UGUCCUAUCGACAGCUCUUGUAUAUAUAUUUGACGCAAUAAUUUCUCGAAUUGAAAUUUGCAAAGCGUGUUUUCCAUGGUACAGUCAUAAUUUACCUUAAUUAGAUGUCUUUUCAAUAAGUUAUUUAUCCUAUUAUUAGGGCCAUCCUGUUUGCAUUAUUGUUUGAGUGUCCAAAAUUUAUCUAUUCCCGGUAUUUGUGUGUAUGUAUAAAUUUCUUACCCAUUCUCUGUCGCUAUCGGCACAUUGUCUGUCUGACUUUUAACUGUUCUACAAUCAGUCACGGUAUCUGGGAUCUAGACAUGUACAGUCUGUGUAAACAAGCGGUUUGUGCAUGCAGACGCUUUGCUAACAAUGGUUAACACACCAUGAAAGAAAGGGGCUUUAGUGGCAAACAUAUAAAGGAGAAACAUGUACAGAUGUCAUCAAAUCUGCAUAAAAGAAACAAGUAGAUCUGAACUUCAGUGAGAUUGAUAUAUAUAAAUAAGUUGUAUAAGGGUAUGCCCUGUAAAGAGAUUAGAUUAUAUAUUUUAAAUAUAUGAGGUCUGGUCAGUUACAAUUGCCCUUAUAUGUAAAAUGCUUUUUAAAAUGUCUUUUAUGCACCCCUUUACAACUGUGCAAAUUUUUUAAGCUUUGUGAAAUAAAUUACUUAUUUUUGUAAAGAUUAACAAAAUGAGGAGGAAAUAUUACAAUUGGUAAUACAGUCCAGCCUCGAUUAAACCAAUGGCUUGGGUCAUGGGACUGAAAAUUUACUUGAAUAUUAAUAAUUGAUGUUUUCAAAAAUCGAAAAUCCGAAUAUAGUGAUAUACAACAACUUUUCAAUCUUGGUCAUACACCAAUCAUAACAGAUGUACCAUUUACACACACUUGUUUACAUUCACUGAAUGGUAACUUUUAGAUAAUAGUAGACUAGUAAUUUUACCUCUUUUAAACAAAAAUUGCUAAAAUUGCGUCAACAUGUUGUUGGUUGGUUUGCAAAUUGCAAACCAUUUUAAGUAUGAUGAAAAAUCUUCUGCUUUACCACUGAAUAUUUUAUAUUUUCUGGCAGAUAAUGUAUCUCAAAUAACCAGAAAGUAAAACACAGCAGGCUAUUGCCCUUGAGUGGGUAAACAGAAAUGUUGACCCAGACGGUUAUGCCAUCCAAUUGUAUGAUUUAAAAGAAGAGGUGUCAAAACAUUGAUGAAUAGAAAUAAAGGUGAUUUUGUCUUGCAUUAUGCAGGAGAAACUGUGUCUGCAGAUGAGGGCCAAAGACGAGAAGUAUCAUUGUCUUGUGGCCACAGAUUCAUUUACAAUUUUAGAGGCUCAGCAUUUUGCUGAUGAUAAGGCUGAAGUUGAAGAUGAAAACAAUACUUCUUCUGAUGAUCACACUGAAAAUGCCGAUGUUGAGACUGAAGAUGUUGAGGCUGAAGAUAAUGAGACUGAAGAUGUUGAGGAUGAAUAUACUUUUGAUGAUGAUCACAGUGUUUGUGGUAAUGAGGCAGUCAGGGAACGAAAAGAAGGAAAAAAGAGGGAGGAGAAUCCUUUGACAGAUGGUGUACACAGGACUAAUAAAAUGCUAAAAUUUCAGAAAAACAUGUCUGGACAUUAAUGAAAAGUGUGCAAUUGAACAACAGUUCACAGAAAAAUUAAAUAAGAAAAGGUUCCUGGAAAACUUGAUGUUUUGAAUGUUUAGAGAAAAUGUAGUGUCUUUAAUGCACUUCCAUGAUGGAAAAAAACUAAGUUUGCUGUGUAUAAACAAAUCAAGUUGAAAAAAAAAAUAAAUUAUAAAUUGCAUAAUGAUAAUGCAUAAUGAUAUACGAACUUUUUAAAGCUACUUUCCUACACAAAACGGGUCUUAAACAUGAACAUAUUUGUCAACAGCUAUUAAAAUUUUGAAUAUGCAUAUAAGUAAAAUUUGAAGUUUCGACAAGGUAACUGUGACCUAACAGUUGUUUUGUUUCACUUGACGCAAAUAUAAACACCACUGUUACCACACCCUUAAACAUGUUUUGAGCAGGACAACUUGAUGCAGUUAGAACUUACUUUUUAUAAUACUGCACGUUUGUAACAUCUUUUCAUUGAAUAAUCGUGACGUUUAUAUAGAUUUUAUAUAUACUUCACAUUUGUAACGUCGCUUUUCUUUGGAUAAUUGUGAUGUUUAUAUAGUG